AUGGGCUGGGCUCGGCUGGACUUGAGGCGCCUCGCGGGACUGCGCUCUCAGACGGCCGUGCGGGGAGCAGGCUUCGACGACGUGGUGGCUUCGGAGCCAGGCCUGGCCCGAGCCUGCGACGCCGGGAAGGCGUCGGGUCUGGCGACGCUUCCUGCCGAGGGCGUGCUCGGCACGAGCGGCCGUGCCGCCGACGUGCGGCACCGCGCCCCCCCCGCGGAUGGGCCGCACGGCGCCUCACGGCACGACGUGCAGAUGACCGUCAGAGACAUACUGAGCAGCUACGCGCGUGGCUCGGUGAUGCGCAGCUCGGUCUCGCACUUCAUCGGCGUCGCCAUAGACCAGUGUUCCCCGCGGGGCGUCCGCAUCCUAGAGGGCAAGAACAUGCCGUGCAUCCCCGAGGGUCAGCCCCUCGCCUGGUGCGCGCGAGCGAGCAUCCGCUCCGAGAGGGACUGCUGGGAAGAGGCCAUGAAGAUAGUGCGGAUGCUGGUCCCCGGCGGGACGGUGGCCGUCGACCUGAGCUGCCCGCGGCAGAAGCGGAGGCUCAGCGGCACGCUGCUGCUCUCCCACGCGAAGGCAGCGUUGCUCCCGCGGAGGGCUGCGGACAUUAAGAUGAAGCGUGUCGUGAAGCGCGUGGUUCCCGUUGGCGGUGUCUCGAGCGAUGGCUGGAUGGAGGGCGGCCCAAGUCUAUUGGGCAUGCCCCACGGUCCCCAGGUGCAUCGGCGAGGCUGCCACGAGUAG